AUGAUUUCAGGGUAUGUGCAGAAUAAUUGUUUCAAAGAAGGAUUUCAAUUGUUUAGGCUAAUGCAAUUGAGUGGCAUUAAACCUGAUGAAGCAAUAUUUGUUGGCAUAUUAUGUGCUUGUGCUCAUAUGGGCUCUCUUGAAAUUGGGAUAUGGAUUCAUAGUUAUGUAAAGAAAUUGAGAUUGCCAUUGAGUGUUAAAUUGGGGACUGCUCUUAUUGACAUGUAUGUGAAAUGUGGGCGGUUGGAUUUAGCCGAUGAAGUGUUCGAUGAAAUGCCAAACAGAGAUGUUGUUACUUGGAAUGCUAUGAUCUCAGGAUACGCUAUGAAUGGGAGUGGAGAUUGUGCACUUGAGAUGUUUAAUCAGAUGCAAAAGGUUGGAGUGAGGCCAGACCAUGUUACGUUUAUCUCUUUGUUCACUGCUUGUAGCUACUCAAACAUGGCAUAUGAAGGUCUGAAUUUGCUGUAUAUUAUGCUUAAUGUGUACAAAAUUGAGCCCAAAAGUGAGCACUAUGGAUGCAUAAUCGACCUUCUUAGUCGCGCUGGGCUUAUCGAAGAAGCAAAUUAUGUAGUUCAGAGAAUGCCGAUUUCAAGUGCUCCCUCUGAAGCAGCAAUAGCUUGGAGGGCAUUACUUAGUGCUUGCUGUAGACACGGCCAAAUCGAUGAAGCAGAAGUUGCUGCUAAGAGAAUCCUCUGGUACUUGGCUCUUAUUUCCUCUUCUUUCACUGAAGUAACCUCUUCGAUUCUAUGA